AUGGUAGCCUCUCGGUUUAGAGAUUUAUACUAUCCAUCACGUAACAAUUUUUCGGAUGGAUCCACUGGUUUUACGCCUACUGCAGCUUGCGUUAACAAGCAUGGGGAUUUAGUCUAUGUAGGGAAUUCCGAAGGCGAAAUACUUAUUGUGGACCAUAAUAGCUUCCGAAUACGUGGUGUUGUGCCGAUUGCAGGGAGUGGCGCAAUCAAGAACAUCUCGUUUAGUAAGAACGGACAGUAUCUCUUGACAAACUCAAAUGAUAGAACCAUCAGAAUCUACGAAAAUCUUUUGCCGGUUAAAAGCGGGCUAUAUGCCCUGGACGAAUUUAGCAAAGAGCUCGAUGAGCAAGAUGAAUUCGAGAAGUUUAAGGUUGUUGGGUCGAGGUGCCUGGCUUUGUUUCGUGAGUUGCAGGACUCGGUCACUAGAGUGCACUGGAAAGCUCCGUGCUUUAGUGGUGAUGAGGAGUGGGUCAUUGGAGGUUCUGCUAACAAAGGAGAACACAAGAUGUACAUAUGGGAUAUGGCCGGGCAUCUCGUGAAAAUCCUCGAGGGUCCAAAGGAAGCAUUGAUAGAUCUUGCAUGGCAUCCCGUUCGCCCUAUUGUUGUUUCAGUCUCGUUGAUGGGCUUGGUUUAUAUUUGGGCCAAGGACUACACCGAGAAUUGGAACGCGUUUGCUCCGGAUUUCAAAGAGCUUGAGGAGAAUGAGGAGUAUGUAGAACGAGAAGAUGAAUUUGAUUUAUUGCCUGAAAUAGAAAACGUGAAAGCUUCUGAUAUUACUGAAGAUGAGGAGAUCGACAUUGAGUCGUUCGAAAAAAGAUUCUGUUUUCAGUGA